AUGAACAAAGAUAGCCACAAAUGGCAGCGUCCAAAGCCGAUGUUCCAUAAGAAUCGUGAUAAGAGCAAGUGGUGCGAUUUCCAUGGAGAUAACGGUCAUCUAACUGAAGAUUGCCGGCACCUGAAAGAUAAUUUGGAGGAUUUGAUAAGAAGAGGGUACUUCAGUCAAUACAAAGCCCAGACGAAGGAAGGGGAUAUGGUGAAGCCAAUAAAUCGAAACGUUCAAUCUAGGAUCAGUGAGAUCCACGUAAUCAGUGGCGGACCUAUUCAUGGUGGAAGUGUGAAUGGGGCUAAAGCCAGCUUGAAGGAGUUCAGACACCAGGUCAAUUUCAACGAAAGUAUGCAAUGGAAGCGACCGCCAGCCAUGCCAGCCAUGUCUUUCACUGUGAAGGAUGCAGAGCACGUGGUAUAUCCGCAUGAUGACCCAUUAGUGGUCACGUUAAAGGUGUCGAACUGUUUGGUCCACAGGAUCUUGGUGGAUGGAGGAAGUUCCGCCAACAUUCUAUACCUUUCCACAUUCGAGAAAUUGAUGAUAGGGAGGGAAUAUCUGAAGCCUGUUAGAUAUCCGGUGAUAGGAUUCACGGGAGCAUCCGUGACUCCAGAAGGUUUGGUAAGCCUCCCUGUGAGGAUUGGAGAUGAUGACGAGGCUCGGGAUGUCAUGACAGAAUUUUUAGUGGUUGAUGUUCCAGGCGCUUACAACGCCAUCAUUGGGCGUUCACUCAUUCAUGACGUCCAAGGAAUUGUCUCCGCAUAUCACUUAACAAUGUCGUAUGUCACUAAUGAGGGAACGACAGCAAAGCUAAGAGGGAAUCAAGAAGCAGCGAAGUCAUGCAUUAAAGACGUAUUUGGAAUAUGA